GCGGCCGCCGGCCCUGGUGUUGAGCCGAGCGCACAUUGUUCUAGCGGUCGCGCUCCCCGCGGCGCGGCCCGUCCCUCUCCCCUCCCUCCUCCGCCUCCCGUCCCUCUCCCCUCCCUCCCCAGGUCCCUCCUUCCCUCGUCACCGGGCGGUGUAUAAAUCCCCUUCCCCGGCGUAUCCCCCCACCGCGGGAGACCCUGGUACUUUGGCCCCCGGGGCGGGAGCCCGCCGCCGCCUCUAGAUCGCUGAGACUUUGCGCUCCUGCCGCUGACCCGCCCUAUUGUCCCCGCGGGGCUCCCUCGAACGGUUCCCACUGGUCUCUUCCCUUCGCUACCCGAGCCAGGAUGUCGGAAAAACGCGUCGAGGAGGUGCCGGCGGAGCUGAGCGCUAAGGAAAUGAAAGAAAAGAAGGAAAAACUUGAGGAGAAAACAGUCCAUAAAGAAAAGAAGAAAGAGAUAGUAGAGGAUGAGGAAAAUGGAGCUGAAGAGGAUGAGGAAGAGAAUCCUGAUGAUGUGGAUGAUGAUGAAGGUGGUGAUGAGGAUGAAGAAGGAGAUGAGAAUGGUCAAGAGCAGGAUGGUCAUGCAGAAAAACGAUCUGCAGAGGAGGAAGAGGAUGAAGUGGAUCCAAAGAGACAGAAGACAGAAAAUGGGUCUUCAGCUUGAGUCAUCCCCUUCCAUCUCCUCUGUUCCGUCCAUCUCUCCUCUUCCAUUCCAGCCUGUGCUUGCACUGUCCAUUAGCCUCUGGCUUCACACAAUUUCAGAUGAGGAAAGAUUAGAAAUGCUCUCAAACAGGGAAGACAGCAGUUUCCUUCUCACCCGAAGAUCUAGCCCAGCCAUGAUAUUCCCCAGCUGAAAUUAUUCCACUUCCCCAGAUCCCUUCAGCUGUGCCCCACUUAGAAAAUGAUCCUCCUCCCUCAAGAAUCUCAUCAUUUCCUGGGGCCCAGUACGUAACCUUGCCAGGCCUGUGGGCCAGGCUCCUCACAUGGCAAGUGCCUCUCCUUCCCUUUUCACUUGCCCUCCUUUUUUUGUCACUGGUCAGACAGAUUCUUGACAGCUUCUGCUCCCCAGGCCUGCUGUCAGAUAUCCUCCCUCAGUCCAAGAGGCUGCGGGCACAGAUCUUGUGGUGCGUUUUCCAGUCCUAGGCCUCUUCUCGUCUGCUUUCCCGUUGAACCCUGAGAGACGAAGGAAAAGAAUAUUACAAGUAAAUAAUGGUUCUAUUAAACCACACACGGAGACAGAAUUUAUUUUAAGCUUUUUUCUUUUUUUCAAGUUUACAUGACAGCAAGCUGGCCCUCGUGAUUUUUUCAGAAGGGUUGUUUUUAUAUAUGAAUUUCAUCUGAACUGCAUAUUUUUUUUUAAUUUGGAGGCUUUUUUAAAACAAAUCAAGAGAGAAACAAUUGGGGACCAAACUUUGAUUUCCAUUUUUCCCUUCAGAUUUUCUUGUGACCAUUUUUUGUAAAUUAAAGGCAAUGUAGCCACAGCGUUUUCUAUGGCACAGACAUCACGAGGGUGAUAGAUAUAAAUAUAUAUAUUGUUUUCAACCAGCACUGUAAAUAAAAGCGUUUAAAAAUAUUUCAAA